AUGGCGAAACUGAAGGUUGCCGGAACGUGGGCCGGCGUGCUCGAGAUAGAACUGGAGAAAUGGACGGUGACCAUGUUGAGAGAAGAAGUGGCAAAGCGAUCAAACGUUGAGCCAUCGGCGAUCAACCUGAUUUGCGCAGGCAGGGUCUUGAGAGAUGGUGAUGGCGCAGAGAAGCUUAGCCAAUUGGGUAUCAGAAACAACGCUAAGAUUCUCGCUGUUCGCGUAUCUUCCGAAGAGGGCAAGUCCCUCAAGGACGAUCUGAUGGCGGAGGAGGAACGAACUCGCAGGCUUGCCAGGGUCAAGGCAGCUGCUACUGCGUUGUCCAAGAGACAUGCAGAUGGAACAUUGCCAGUUGAGGACUUUAAUAUAGAACUUGAAGAUCAGAGAGGACAGAAAGUACAAUUGGGAUCUGAGACUGACCAGAGGGCAGUGAUGAUGGGUCUAAUGCUGCAUGCCAAUGCCAAGAACCUAAUGGCAAGGGAAAUGUAUAAAGAUGCACUGGAAGUGCUUACCAUGGGAGAGGAAGCUUUCUCUCUUUGUGAUCCCAAAGUUCUCGAGCUUAUAGACAACGUCCCUAUAUUACAAAUAGAUAUUGUAUGGUGUUAUUUCUUGCUUCGAGAGAUCAGUUGGCUCUCAGUUGCUGGAAUAAGACUUGAAAAGGCCAGAGAAGGAAUUGAGCGUGCUCAUGGCAAGGACCUUUCCCGCGUUAGAAUCCUUCAAGUGGCUCAUCAUCCAGAACUUGCCCUACAUUUGAGACUGGAGUUGUUAGAAGGGGUGGUGGCAUAUCACAGUGGUCAGUUCGAUAAAUCUAGGAAAGCACUGGCCUCCGCGCAGGCGAAAUUCUUGCAGCUACAAAUACCCGAUGAAGCCUUUUCUACAGUAAUGAGCAUGGGUUUCAAGGAAAAUGAUGCAAGGAGGGCUCUGCGGUUGAACAAUCAAGAUGUUCAGACUGCUGUUGAUUUUCUUGUUGAGGAAAAGGCAAAGAAAGCACAGAAACGAGAAGAAGAUCUUCGUCGAAGAGGGGAAAUAAUGGAGCAAAAACGGUAUGGAAUGACUCCCUCAAAGAAACCUGUGGAUCUACAAAUGUUGAAAAGUCUUGUUCCCAUUGGGUUUGAGAAAGAGGUUGCUGCGGAAGCCCUUCGAAGAAAUGAGAAUGACUUCCAAAAGGCACUGGAUGACUUGAUUAAUCCAGAAACGAAUUCUGCGUUACUGAUUGAUAUUGAGUCCAGGAAAAGGAAAAGGCAGCAAAAAGCAGCAUGUGCCUAUAUUGAAUCUUUGGUGUCAAUGGGUUUCGAAAGAUCAAGAGUGGUUGCUGCUUGUCAGGCUGGUGGCGACAUGGAGCAAUUAAUGCAGCGAUUGCUGUCAGCAGAACUGGAAACGAACUCAAUGGUUACUGCUAACAAUACCGAUGUCAAUAAUUUAAACAACAUUGAGCUUCCUGUUGAUUUGGGUGAUAAUGAAAUUCUGGGUAAUUUGGACAACGAUGCUAAUGAUGGAGGCCAAUCAAGUGCUGGCGAAAUAAAACAGCGGGAUGUGGAGAUGGAGGAUGAGCUUGCUGAUGAACUAGCAAGGCAGGAUGCUUUGUCAGAUUAUGACAUUGAAGUUACAAAAGAAGGUGAAGCCAUAGACGAAUACUUGGCUCUGUUGGCUUCAGCAGAAAAUACUGGGAAAGCCUCUUCUUCCCAGUGAGCUAACCACCCUCAACAGCGAAGCGAUGUAAAAAAAAAAAUAUGUAUGAGAAUAACAGGGUUGUAUAUAAUCCAUUAGUUGAGGUGUUCAUGUCAAUUCUCAAUAAUCAUGUUGAGAGGAUGAUCUUCCUGGGUAGAAUAUGAUCUGAGUUAAGGAAGCCAUGUUUUAGCAUUAAUAUACGGAUGUAAGUAUUUAAUCUAUGUCUACAAACUUCUUAUUUGACGCCCAAACUCCCCUUAAUGAAAGGGAAGGGGAAAUUGCUCACUAGAUA